AUGGCGCCUCCAGAGUUGACUGAAUGUAUUAGGAAACGCGGGGUAGCAAAGGGUAAACUAACUCGAUUCGGAUCAUUCUUCGACACAUUCCAAAGGAAUGCAAGGCGCAACUACACUGAGUUGAAAUUACGGCUAGACAAACUGGAAUCAUUGUUUGAUGAAUUCGACCUUAUCCAAACUGAAAUCGAAGGUUUGGAUGAAUCUGACUCGCAGCAAGAAGAACGCAUCAAAUUUGAAAAUGAAUUUUUUUCCAUACAAGCGGCGGCCGUGAAUGAGUUAUCAUCACAAGAACUCCAAUCGUCUGAUCAAUCAUUUAGUCGAAAUCAUCGACCGGGUGUUGAAGCUCACAUGAAGUUGCCGAGAAUCAACCUUCCUGAAUUUGACGGAGAAUAUGAAAACUGGCAGUGUUAUCGAGAUACUUUCAGUGUCAUGAUUCACAACGCUCGAAUACCUGCAGUAGAAAAAUUUCAAUAUCUCCGAUUAUCUUUGAAAGGGCUGGCGGCGCAGCUAAUCGAAAGUUUGGAGGUAACGGAGGGGAAUUAUUUAGUUGCAUGGAACUUAGUUCAAGAACGAUUUGAAAAUAAGCGUCUUAUAGUACAGACUCAUGUAUCAAAAUUAUUUGCAGUAAAUAAGUUAAAAAAUGAGUCUGCCUCUGCAACGAGAAGUUUCUUCGACAUCUUUAGUCGACACCUGGGAGCUUUAAAAGCUAUCGGAGAACCAGUGGAUGAAUGGAGUACGCUAUUAGUACACAUAGCAUCUUCCAAACUCGAUGAUAAAUCUCUCAUGGAAUGGGAAACUUCACGAAAAGAUACAAGUGUACCAACAUGGAACGAGUUCACUACGUUUCUAAAUCAUCGAUGUCAAACGCUCGCAGCAAUUGAAGUCUCUAAAGCACAGGGAAGAAACAUGUGGCAAGACCCAUCAAUACCAGUUCGACGGUCAUUUACCACGGUUCACCAACCGUCCAUCAUGUCACAGUCAAAAUGUCCCAUGUGCAAAUUAGUACAUGCCCUUUAUCAAUGUCCAAAAUUUUUAGCUUUGAGAACGCCAGAGAGAGUGAAAUUUGCUAGAACAAUAAACGUUUGCGUUAACUGUUUACGAGGUGGUCACCGAGCAUCGUCUUGUCGUAGUGCAGGUUGUUCAAAAUGCAACCAACGACACAAUAGCAAACUACAUCUGGAAGACGAUGAAAGAGCCGAAGCAUUUGCGAACAGUGCGUUAAUUGAUGAAGAAACUGGAAAUAGUUCUGAUACUCAGGAAAGCAUAGUGGAUAGCGAAGAGAGCCAAGUAGCAUUAAAGGCACAAAUAAUGGAAAAGAGAAAAACCGUCGGUGAAGUAACAAUGUUAUCAACGGCUUUAGUUAUAAUUUCCGAUGUGCGUGGUAAAGGAAUUAUGGCAAGAGUUUUAUUGGAUUCUGGUUCCCAAGUCAACCUUAUGACUACCAGACUGGCAAUAAAACUAGGUUAUCCAAUAACUGAAACAGCUACAACGGUAAUUGGAGUAUCAGGUAUGUCAUGUAAAGCAGUUGGACAAGUUAGCGCUACUGUGAAAUCGAGAAUUAACGCAUAUUCAACAGAUUUAAGAUUCUUGGUAUUACAGAAUAUCGCAAAUACCUUGCAGUCAGUACAACCAACCAACGAAGUCAUGAACACAAUUAAUCUAGGCGAAUGUGCUGACCCAGACUUCCGUUCUACAAAAAAAAUUGAUAUAAUACUUGGCUCCGAAAUAUUCUAUGAGCUGUUAUGCAUCGGUCAAAUAAAACCAGCAGGCACUCGCGCAAUUUGGCAAAAAACUGUAUUCGGUUGGGUUCUAUCAGGACGGGUACAGAGUGACCACAUUAAUCCUCACACGUCUUGCAUGACAACAAUGGUGAGUAUCGACAAUUCAAUUCAAAACGAAGUACAGAAGUUUUGGGAGCUCGAAGAAGUCGUCGAACCAAAGGAACGAAGAAAAUAUAGUAUUGAAGAAUGCAAAUGUGAAACCCAUUUUUUGAAGACGUCUUCAAGAGACGCCGAUGGUAGAUUUACGUUAAAGCUACCAUUUCGUAACAACAUACAGCAAUUAUUGGGUGAAUCGCGUUUCAUGGCAACGAAAAGAUUUCAUCAGAUGGAACGUAAAUUAAAUGAAAAUCCAGAGCUUAAGCUGGAAUACGUCAGGUUUAUGCGUGAGUAUCAAAAUCUUGGUCACAUGACCCUGUCGACUAAGACGAAUACUCAUUCGACGGAACAUCCACAAUGGUGGAGUGGACCCUCAUGGAUGAUACAACCAGAAACCGAAUGGCCAAAACAAAAGUUAUUGAAUAACGAAGAGGAACCGGUAGAACAGCGUAAGACGGUUAAGGUAUUACACGUCCACACCGAAAGUCAAAUGGAGUUUCAAGAUAUCGUUAAUAGAUUCUCGAAACUAGAACGGUUGCAACGGGUAACAGCUUAUCUAUUCCGAGCAGUUACUCAAAGGAAAUACCGCCUGACUGGAGAUUUGAAAGCUGAAGAAUUAAAACGAGGGUUGAUGUACUGGGUAAAAAUCACUCAAGCUCAAGCGUUUUCAUCGGAAAUUUCCCAGUUAAAGGCUGGAAACAGUUUGAAUGACAGCAAAUUACAAUCGUUAGUUCCAUUCAUCGACGACAAUGAUGUAUUAAGGGUUGGAGGCCGGCUACAAAACUCAAACGAGUCAUAUGAAGCACGUCAUCCCAUUAUUCUGCCUUCGACAACAUAUUUGGUCGAAUUAAUUGCGGACAAGGAACAUCGACGAUUAAUUCAUGCCGGACCACAGCAAAUAGUAGCUAGUUUGCAAAGAGUGUUCUGGAUUCCGGGCUUACGCAGUGUUAUUCAAAAGAUAAUUUUUAAAUGUAACCCAUGCUAUAGAUGGAAAGUACAAGCUUCCAAACAGCUAAUGGGCUCCCUUCCGGUUAGUCGAGCUAAUCCAUCAUCAAUAUUUCAUGUAUGUGGAGUCGAUUAUGCUGGGCCUUUUCAAGUGCGUUUCGGUUCACGAAAACCUUUAACCGCAUUGCCGGAGCCCAAUUACCUCGAUAUAAAAGCUCCACGCCUUCGUUGGCACAUGGUACAACAACUGGUUCAAGGAUUUUGGAAAAGAUGGCGGACGGAGUACCUUCAGUCAUUACAAGUACGCCACAAAUGGACUCAAACUGAAGAGAAUCUCCAAGUUGGUGAUUUAGUGCUGAUUCGAGAAGACUAUGAAACACCACUCGCAUGGAGUCGUGGUAGAAUACUUCUUCUACACACGGGAAGUGAUGGUCUCGUGCGUGUCGCUACAGUAAAAACAGCAACCACAGAAAUGAAACGACCAAUCCACAAACUUUGCCUAUUACCCGGUCAACGAGAAGUUCAAUUAAACCCGUGA